UGUUCAGAAGCGGUGUUAACAAGGGCUACAGUGAACUUCGUUUGACGACAUGAUAUUCGCGAGGCUCGUGUACAGUCUACGAUAAUCGUUUGUACCUAAACUAAAAAAAAAACCAUGAGUGUUCAACACGAUCAUACACAUAUAUAAGACUAUUAUAUACUAUAUACGUACAUAAAAUUAUAUGUUAUACAUAUACAUAAUUAAGAGUACAAUGCUCUGUAUGGUUACAAAGCUACACAAUACAUACAUCUUUUAUAAGUGCUAUCUUCUCGUGUUUACGUACUCGUACAGUUAGAGUGUACGUGUGUAGAUGUGUGUGCGCGCGCGCGCGCGUGUGUAUUUGUGUGUGAGAGAGAGAAAAAAGAAGCAAGGUGGAGUAUUUGUAUCGCAAAAACGACGUUCCAUGGGUGAGUGGGGAGGAGAAUACAGUCUUGUCAUAAGAAGUGCCAGUCUAAACAGUAAUAUCCAGACGAACUAAUAUCACGUGUAGACUGUGAAUGAUUCUUUCUCUUGUCUGUUUCAUCGAUGUAUGAAUUACAUUGAUAAUUGACGUACGAUGUCAUAAAGAAUAAUGCGUGUCUUUUCGAGUAGUCGGUGUCUCGGUGCGAUCGAUAUUACUCGGUCGCGAUGUACCGAGUCGAUUUAUUCUCCAAGAGUGUCACUCGUCCUGGUGAUGAUAUUCAUCGAUCGAACGUAUCGUCGAUAUAAUUACUGCGACAAAUAGCAUUAACGAGAAUAUUUAAUUGGUUGUGUCGGUGGUGGUCAUACGGUAACGACCGAGAGUGGCCAGUGUAAAGUGUAGAGUGACAGUGGCGACGACGGUGGCGGUGACUGCGACGGCGGCGGCAGCGACAGUGGUGGUAGAAAUAGCUGUGGCGGUGGCGGUCGAAUGGCGGUCGCGAUCGCGAUAGCUACUAUAGGUGACGGUGGAUACGAUAAUAUCGCGGACGGUGACGAUAGAAACGAACGCCAGUGAUAACCAAGCUCGCGACACAAUGCGCGUACAUCGCUCCAGAGAACGUAAAACUGAUAUGAAAAUAACGUAAAACAUGAGAAAAUAUGCAAAUGAAAUCAGCGAGAGGUAGAAACGGAGCAAGUUACGAGGAAUAAUUUCAUCGAUAGUGUAUUCCAGUAGUGUAUUGGUAAUAAAUGGAAAAUUGAACAAGAACAAAACAUUAUACGGAUUAUACGUAUAUUGGUAGUGGAAUGUACUGAAGGAUUGAAAGAGAAUUAUCAUGUACAUGGAGGUUCCGUUGCGAUGGACAAUAGACUGCGGAUAAUAUAAUAUUACAAGGGGAGAAGACACAUGAACGGGUUAAGCUUGUUCCCGAGAAACAGAAGCAAUGAAGAUGGAACAUAAGAUGAACACUUUGUAUCUUUAACCGAAUGUUAAGCUUUUCCGUAUAAUGAGGAACGGGAGCUAAUACGUCGAAUUAAAUAUUCGGAGAGUGAACGUAUAUAUUGUGGGUGUAAAUACGCCUAUAUUAUGAGUCGUACAAAAUAGCGUGGUAUGUCACGAGUCUCGGGAAUUUCGUGUGAGGCUGUUUUAUCUUCUGCAAUUCUUUUCACGUAGAUACGAAUAAUGGAGACGUUAUUGCCGGGGAAUACGAACAGUCAAUCGUAUAGCCCGCAGCUGAAGACCGUGUUGAAGACAUAUCAGUUAUCCGCUGUGAAAAGCUUACAGGGCCCGAGCUCAGCCCUGCUUGGUAUGGACUGCAAAAGUUUACUGCAGGAACAACCUUGUUACUCUCCCAACCGAUCGAGUAGUUGCGUUAUCGACUCCGAACAGAUCUCCAAAGACACUGAAAAGGACAAUAAUUCGUCGGUGACGCCUAUCGGCCCGUGCAAAGUUCGCAGAACCGAUCAACCACUCGAAGAUUCUGACGAAGACCCGCAAUUGGAACGAUCAAAAAAUAUCUGUGAAAAGAGGGAAUUGGAGUUUCAGAUACCCAUUUUAACAGCUCCAGACCAAAGUUGUUCUGAAAGAUGUGAGACGAUCUUAGAGGGCGAGAGAAUAUCGUGUUUUGUUGUAGGGGGCGAAAGGAGGUUAUGUUUACCACAAAUAUUAAACACUGUUUUGCAAGAAUUUUCUCUUCAUCAGAUCAAUCAAGUUUGCGAUGAGUUGCAAAUCUAUUGUUCACGAUGUACCAGAGAUCAGUUGGAAGAACUUAAGCAUUCAGGAAUCCUACCACGCAAUGCUCCUUCCUGUGGCCUUAUCACUCAAACAGAUGCCGAGAGGCUUGUCAGUGCUUUACUACUACGGACAGAGUCGUGCGAUCCCUCUCAGAUCGGUAAUCAAGAUAACAUCGACAAGAAAGCAUGUACUAAAAAUGACAAUGAUGAAGAAUCCAUUGUCAAGUUUAAGGUGUAUCAUGAGUGUUUCGGAAAAUGUAAAGGCAUCUUUGAUGCAAGUUUGUUUGAGUCAGAUGAUUCAGUGUGCAUAGAGUGUAUCGAAUGUGGCUGCCAAUUCUCACCUCAACGUUUUGUCAGACAUGCUCAUAGAUCUCUUGAAAAUCGUACGUGUCAUUGGGGCUUUGAUUCAGCAAAUUGGCGGUCAUAUUUGUUGCUUUCACGAGAUCAAGAACAUUAUAAUAAGUCACUUACUUUAUUUCGAGAAUUGAAGGAAAAACAUCUCACAUUGGGUUCCAAGCGAAAAUCAGAGUUGCGGCAUGAUUCAGAAAAAAUAAAACGAAUUAGGAAGGAUAUAGGAAGAGAUGAUUGUCCAGGAAUUUAUAAUGGAAAUGGCUUAGGCAUGUAUCAUCCUGUAUCUCAGGUAGCCAAUGCAACUGAUCCAUAUCUACAAAUGUCAUGGGCAGUCUUUGAAUUAGCGGCUAGAGGAGCAUCAGCUUUUAGACCAUGGAAUACCACAAAUACUUGCAAGCAUAAGGAUAAUUCAUCAUUGGUGCCUGCGUAUCUCAGUCGUGGUCCACCUGUACUACAACAUCCAGAGCACGUGGUUCCUCUCUCUGAAUGCAAACGUUUUGAACCACACUUUCAACCAAAUGUAGCCUUAGCACCUAUACCUGCACCAUCAGUGCCUGUAGUACUUCCACCAUCUGCUCACCACCAACGACGACAUCAUCAUGAUCAUAAACGUUAUAACCAUCACACAUCGAGUUCUAACGAGAAGAAAGAAGUUUCGUCGGAUAAUGUCAAAUCUGAGAAAAUAUCCCCUAGUUCUGGAUCUAGUAUUGGUGUAUAUUCUGCAUUCCCUUCUUACACACCUGGAAGCAAUCAGAAAGAACUGCCUCAAAAAACUAAACAUGAAAUAGGUGAAGAAGAAGAAAGUAGUGCUGCUGUAACAUCGUCUACGAUAAAUAUAGAACCACCUUUGGCUGAAAUUGGAACCUCUUCACUGGAAAGUGAUUCUGAUUCGGAAGGAACGGCAGCGAUAGAUUUGGAGGAAAGGUUAUUAGCUUUGGAAGCACCACAAGAUGUUUUGGAAAUGGCGCGACGCAUAGUUUUAGAAAAUGCACAAUUACGACGUCAUCGACGUUCGGAUGCACGUGAAAUAUUACGAUUACGUAAUCAAUUGCAAAUGCAGCAAAUACAAUCAUCUAAUGAUGGUGAUAAAAAGGAGGAACCAACAAACGCAGCGAGUGCAGCAGAUAGUACAGAAGGUAGUGAAGAAACGGAAGCUUUAUUACCAUCAAAUAAUAAAGAGUCUGAACCUGUUGUUCUAGCUGUUAGUAAAGAAUAAAAUCAGUGAUUAGAGUUUUAUAAAUUAUUUAAUACAAAACUGCUCAGAAAUUUUUUGCAACGCUCAUCUUUUAUUGGAUAAGCAUGCAUUAAAUUUAGUACUAGUUAUAAUAACGAUAAUGAUGAAUUCUAAAUAAAUAAAAACUGUUUAGGUUAUGUGAUAAAUAGAGAGCCUUAAACAUUAUAACCAUUAAUUUGAAAUUUUUAUUGUAACCAUACUUUGUUUAUGUCGAUUUUAAUUAAAAUCGAAUGUAGAUAUUGUAAUAUAGAGGAAAAGUAACAUAAGUUAACCAAAAUUUACCAUGCCAUUUAAUAUAAUUAUACUUAAUAGUCUUUUUAACAUGUUCCGUGCCGCGUGGGGCGUAUAAGCCCCACGCUGAACUUCCUGUCCAAGGCAUUUGGAAUUUUAGUGGAAUAAAUGUUCAAUCAUGUGUUUGUUAAAACAAUUCCACAAAUUAAAAAAUAAAACAAAAAUUAAAUUUAUUACUUUGAUCUCUAAUACGUCGUAAACAAUACACCCCUUUCUUGAUAAUUAUGUUAUUUGCGCUAUUAUUAAUAUUAACUUAUUUAAAAAAAUUUAAGGCAUUAGCAAAACUAUCAAUCGUAAUAACGUGGGGCGUAUAUGUCUGGCGCGGCCUGAAUGGAAAGUAACAAAAAAUCGGUCCAGCACGGAACGUGUUAAAUAGGUUUCCUGUGCAUAUUAAAUAUGCCGCAAGAUUUUUAUGAUCAUUCGUUUAAUUGUAAAAUUAAACACUGGUCAGAAAAUAAGAGAUUAGAUUGCUUUCCAUUUACUUUUUUAUAGUCAUGAUUGCAUAAUGUAAAUAUGAUUCAAGUACCAUAGAUGUAUGUUUAUAUUGAUAAUAUUAUCAUGCAAAAUAUUGCUAAAGUACAAAAAAUCUUUAGGUGCUAUAUUAUUAUAUUAGGAAUGUUCUAAGCAAAAAUCUAGGUGUAUUUCAACAGUUCGUAUUACACUAGAAUAUCAGAAAUCUCGAUUAUGUUCUAGUUAUCGUUUUUAUAGCGCGAAACAAUAAAAUUAUAUUUUUCGCUAGUAAUCUUCAUAUUUGAGUGAUUGUAAAUAAAAUAAGUUAAUUAUUUAUACAUUUCAAAAUUAUAAAAUUAUUAUUCAAGCGAUAUACUAAAUCGAGGAAAUUUAAUUUACAUACAAAAAUUAUUAACUUUUUGUAUGUUUAGUUAUUCUUGUAUUAUAAAAAAAACUUAAUUUCAAUUAUGAACAGUUGGAUAAAGGAUUGAAAUGAAUAUUAUUUUAUAAAAAAUGCGUAAAAUCGUGUUAUGUAUAUUUUCUCUCUCUCUCUCUCUCUCUCUCUCUCUCUCUCUUUAUCUAUCUUUUGAUAUCGAUAUUUAUUUGUGACAUUGUAUCUACAUAUCAUUUUAGUUAUAUAUAAAAUUAAAAGAAUUUGACCCUGUGGGUUUUAAAACAUUAAAUGUGAUUUAUUACGAAUAUUUUUACACGAUCAAAAAUUAAUUUGUAUAGAGAUAAUACAACCAAGAUUUUUAUAGAGAAUUCUGAAACGAAAUUACAAGCACAACUGAUUCUUAUUCAAUGUUAUUUUCAUUUUUAUUUGCUAUAAUAGCAUGUACAUGCAAUAAUAGAAGCAACACAUUUUUUCCAACUAUCCUUGUAAAACCAAUACUGAUUUAGAGAUGCAUAUAUACCUAGAAAUACACACUAGAUAUCUAAGAAUAAAAGAAUACGCGAAUAUAAAAAUAUAAAGGUAUACAUACUUAUAUAAUAUAUAUCUUUAUAUUUGUAUAUGUUAUCACCAUAUAUUUCUUCUUAAUCUUAUUAAUUUAAAUAUUUGCGUAUUCUUUUAUUUUCUUAAAUCUUUUGUCACUGUUUUAUUUGUUCCAUCUCACAAUAUGUAAAGUGAAGCAUAAUUUAAACCUAAAUUUAAACUGAAAUUUUGAAAAUUCAAUGUACUCUUAUUAAAUUAUAACAACAUGAAUUUCUCUCUUUUUUUAAAGUGCUAGUUAAAUAUUUUAAAUGUGUAAAAUAUUUUAAAAAUUAAACAUGUAUUAGAAAGGUUGUUUUAUAAGCUUUAAAAGCUUUUUGUAUCAGGUACAUAUUAGAACAAUAUGAUAUAAAUCUUACACAUAUUUACAUAUGAUAUAGCAAAGGAAACAGUAAUUAUAUAUUUGUGUAUUUGAAAUAUACAUAUACACAUAUUUCGAGACUGCUUCGGAGAUCUCUUAUCACGUACAUUUUUCUAAUGUAACAAGAGUGCCAGUAAUUCUUGUAUCAUAUUAAAGCACAACGCAUUAAGAAAUUUCCAUUUUCAAUUUUAUUAUUCAUAAAAAAAACACUCGCUUUUUAAAUCUAAGUAAAUCAUGAAUUUUCAAAGCAAUCUGUUAGAGAAAGGAAAAAAAUUGAUAAAAGUGUAUAAAUACAAUUGAUAACGUAGGAUAAAUGCAUUCAUAAUUAUACUCCAUAUAACAUUUGAUCAAUAUAUAUAUAUAUAUAUAUAUAUAUAUAUAUAUAUAUAUAUAUAUAUAUAUAUGACAUGUAUGUUACAUCGUAUUGUUGUAAUAAUAUAAGCAUCCCACCUAAGGUGAACAGUGUAGUAAUUUAUGAUUUUCAUACACUCGGUUUAUUAUAGAAUAACUAGAAUAUUGUGGUAAAUAGUACAUGUAUGAAUCGCAUAGGAAGGUCGAUUUUUUGCAUAUAUCUGAGAUCUGCGUAUAAAAAUUUCGAUAAAAGAAUCAUGUAACUGCCAUGACUAAAGAUGUAUUUUAAUUUCGAAUGGGUGAUGUAUUUUAAGUUAAAAAUGGGAAGUUUACAAAUAAAUACAUAAUAUGCGA